AUGGACUGCUUGAACGUUCCCAGGAUUUUACCCAAUUCUCCAAGGAAAGCAAGAGGGCAAAUCCAGGUUAUUUUUGGGCCGAUGUUCUCAGGAAAAAGCACUGAGUUGAUGAGAAGAGUACGGCGUUUCCAAGUUGCGCAAUACAAUUGUUUAGUGAUUAAAUAUGCAAAAGACACGAGGUACUCGGAAGAGGGGAUGGCAACACACGACAAAUACACCAUGGAAGCUGUGCCAGCCAACUGCUUGCAAGAUGUACGUCCCCUUGCUCUGGGUGCGUGUGUCAUUGGCAUCGACGAAGGGCAGUUUUUCCCAGACACUGUGGAGUUCUGUGAGGAAAUGGCCAACAUGGGGAAAACUGUCAUUGUUGCAGCUCUCGACGGCACGUUUCAGAGAAAGGCAUUUGGCAACAUUCUGAACCUGGUACCUCUGGCAGAAAGUGUUGUUAAGCUGAAUGCAGUGUGCAUGCAGUGUUUCAAAGAGGCUUCCUACACAAAAAGACUGGGCACUGAGAAAGAGGUGGAGGUGAUAGGAGGUGCUGAUAAGUAUCAUGCCGUGUGUCGAGCAUGUUACGGAGGCCUGAUGGACAACAAAGAGAACCAUCUCCCUCAGAGAGAAGAAACGCCCCCACACACUACAGCAGGACAAUCUCUGCACCUCAAUGCCUCACGCAAACUCUUUGCAGCUCUGCACCUUUAA